GUUGUUGUUUUCCAGACGUGAAAGUGUUUCUCUUUCAGCCUCGGCGCCAUUUUAUUGCUGCUGGAAAAAUAAAGAAAAAGCUGCAACAGCAGGCGGAAACGGGGACAUUAAUGUCCCCCAGCAUGGAGUGCUGAGUAAAAGAGUGAAAUUCCUUCCAGCAGAAGAGAUCUGCGUCUUCAGGAAUCAGCAGUGAGUCCAUGAGCUGUGUGUCCAUACACUAAUAUUCAAAAAUGGAGAGCCGGGAUCCGGACACAGAUAAUGUGACCCCACCCUCAGAAAACCGUAAAGUCCAGAUGAAGAGAUCAGACUCACCAGAACCCAGCUGUGUCUCCAUGAAGAGCGAUGCGUCUAUGGAGCCUCCCUGGGCCUUUAAAACUGGAAACCCGUCGCCUGGACACAGUGAAGUCCAGAUGAAGAGAUCAGACUCACCAGAACCCAGCUGUGUCUCCAUGAAGAGCGAUCGGUCUAUGGGUGUUCCCUGGAGCUUUAAAACUGGAAACCCGUCACCUGGACACAGUGUUUCGCAGAAGGCAGGAGACAGAAGAGAAAAGAUCUUCAUCACAGAUACAGGACACGCCCCAGAAUCUCCUGCUGUAAAUGAAUUCCAGAAAAAGUUCAGAUUAAAUCUGAUGAAGAAGUUUCAGUGUUUAAAUGGAGUGAUGAUAAAGCCGGAAACGCGAGCGCUCCUGAAUGAGAUCUACACCGAGCUCUACAUCACAGAGGGAGACAGUGGAGACGUCAAUAAAGAACAUGAGGUGAGACGGCUCGAGGCAGCGUCCAGGAGAAAAACAACAGAGGAAACGCCAAUCAAAUGCAGCGACAUCUUUAAGCCCUUAUCUGAAGAAGCCCAACCCAUCAGAACUGUAGUGACAAAGGGCGUGGCUGGUAUCGGAAAAACAGUCUCUGUGCAGAAGUUCAUUGUGGACUGGGCUGAAGGGAAAGCAAAUCAGGACGUCCCCCUCAUAUUUCCACUUCCUUUCAGAGAGCUGAAUCUGAUGAAGGACCAAAACCUGAGUCUGAUGGAGCUCCUUCAUGUCUGCUUUAAGGAAACCAGAGAAACAGAAAUGUCCAGGUUGGAAAAGGUUCUGUUCAUUUUUGAUGGAUUGGACGAGUGUCGUUUCCCUCUGGAUUUCCGGAACACAGUGAGAGUGUGUGAUGUAACUGAAUCAGCAUCAGUGCGUGUGCUGCUGAUAAACCUGAUCAAAGGGAAUCUGCUUCCCUCUGCUCUCGUCUGGAUCACCUCCCGGCCAGCAGCAGCUGAUCAAAUCCCCUCUGAGUACGUCCAUCGAGUCACAGAGGUACGAGGGUUCAAUGACCCCCAGAAGGAGGAGUACUUCAGGAAGAGGGUCAGUGAUCAGAGCCUGGCCGAGAACAUCAUCACACACCUGAAGUCAUUAAGAAGCCUGUACAUCAUGUGUCACAUCCCAGUCUUCUGCUGGAUUUCAGCCGCUGUCCUCGAGAGAAUGUUGGGUGAAGCAGAGAGUGGAGAGAUCCCCAAGACUCUGACUCAAAUGUACACACACUUCCUCAUCAUUCAGACAAACGUCAUCAGAGAAAAAUACUCAAAGAAGCAGGAGAGUGAUGAAGAAAUGCUGCUCAAACUGGGACAACUGGCUUUUGAGCAGCUGGAGAAAGGCAACCUGAUCUUCUAUGAGGAAGACCUGCGAGGGUGUGGCAUUGAUGUGACAGAAGCAGCAGUGUACUCAGGUGUGUGUACGCAGAUCUUCAGAGAGGAGCCUGGGCUUCACCAGAGUAAAGUGUACUGCUUUGUUCAUCUGAGCAUUCAGGAGCAUCUCGCAGCUCUGUAUGUGCAUCUGACCUUCAUGAAGGAAAAGAGGAAUGUUCUUGAUCAGUAUAAUUCCUCUACAAGAAACAUGUUUCUUAAACAUUUGGUCUAUAUUCAGAGUCAGUCCAAGACAAUUUCAGAUGUACACAGGAGGGCUGUAGAUCAGACGUUAAAAUCUGAGACUGGACAUCUGGAUCUGUUCCUCCGCUUUCUUCUGGGUCUCUCACUGGAGUCCAAUCAGAAACUCUUGCAUGCCUUAGUAACACAGACAGGAAGUAGCUCCCAGAGCAAAGAGGAAACAGUUCGGUACAUUAAGGAGAAGAUCAGUAGAGAUGAUCUUCCUGCAGAAAAAUCCAUCAAUCUGUUCCACUGUCUGAAUGAACUGGGUGAUGAUUCUCUCGUGGAGGAAAUCCAACGCUACCUGAAAUCUGGGAAACGAAGUGAACUCUCUCCUUCACAGUGGUCUGCUCUGGUGUUUGUGUUACUGACUUCAGCACAGGAGCUGGAGGAGUUUGAUCUGAGUAAAUAUAUCAGUCCAGAGAAGAUAACAGAUCGGGUUCUUGUGAAGGUGAUGCCUGUGAUUGCAGUGUCCAGAAAAGCCGUUAUCAGUUGUGAUAGAAUUGGAGGGAGCGGCUUUAAAGCUCUGGCCUCAGCGCUCAACUCAGAAACCUCCAAUCUGAGAGAACUGCAUCUGACUGUGAGGACACUGGAUCUGUCUGGGAAUAAACUAGAAGACUCAGGAGUGAAGCGUCUCUGCGCUGGACUGGAGAAUCCUCACUGUAAAGUGGAGAGCCUGGUGUUGAAGCAGUGUGGUGUCUCAGAUGAAGGCUGUGCUGCUCUGAGUUCAGCUCUGAGAUCAAACCACUCACACCUGAGACACCUGAAUCUGUCCGAUAAUAAUCUGGGAGACUCAGGAGUGAAGCGUCUCUGUGCUGGACUGGAGAAUCCUCACUGUAAACUGGAGAUACUGUGGUUGGUGCGGUGUGGUGUCUCAGAUGAAGGCUGUGCUGCUCUGAGUUCAGCUCUGAGAUCAAACCCCUCACACCUGAGAGACCUGAAUCUGUCCUGGAAUAAUCUGGGAGACUCAGGAGUGAAGCGUCUCUGUGCUGGACUGGAGAAUCCUCACUGUAAACUGGAGACACUGGGGUUGCAGCAGUGUGGUGUCUCAGAUGAAGGCUGUGCUGCUCUGAGUUCAGCUCUGAGAUCAAACCCCUCACACCUGAGAGUCCUGAAUCUGACCGGUAAUAAUCUGGGAGACUCAGGAGUGAAGCGUCUCUGUGCUGGACUGGAGAAUCCUCACUGUAAACUGGAGAGACUGGGAUUGCGUGAUUGUGGUGUCUCAGAUGAAGGCUGUGCUGCUCUGAGUUCAGCUCUGAGAUCAAACCCCUCACACCUGAGAGACCUGAAUCUGACCCGUAAUAAUCUGGGAGACUCAGGAGUGAAGCGUCUCUGUGCUGGACUGGAGAAUCCUCACUGUAAACUGGAGACACUGAGGUUGCGGCGGUGUGGUGUCUCAGAUGAAGGCUGUGCUGCUCUCGCUUCAGCUCUGAGAUCAAACCCCUCACACCUGAGAGAACUGUAUCUGUUUGGGAAUGAAAUCGGAGACUCAGGAAAGAAUCUGCUCUCUGCUCUUAAGGAUGAUGAGCGUUACAAACUACAGACACUGGGGUUGGUGCGGUGUGGUGUCUCAGAUGAAGGCUGUGCUGCUCUGAGUUCAGCUCUGAGAUCAAACCCCUCACACCUGAGAUACCUGAAUCUGUCCUGGAAUAAUCUGGGAGACUCAGGAGUGAAGCGUCUCUCUGCUGUACUGGAGAAUCCUCACUGUAAACUGGAGACACUGGGGUUGCGGUGGUGUGGUGUCUCAGAUGAAGGCUGUGCUGCUCUCGCUUCAGCUCUGAGAUCAAACCCCUCACACCUGAGACACCUGGAUCUGACUGGGAAUAAAAUCGGAGACUCAGGAGAGAAUCUGCUCUCUGCUCUUGAGGAUGAUGAGCGUUACAAACUACAGACACUGUGGAUUUGAUGAACAUCUGUGUGUGUGAUGAAGACUCUUGUGUUCCUGCAGUUCCAUGUUGGAAAUGAGCACUUUAUUAGGAACAACUUGUGACCUGCAUGAAACUGCUUACAGUACUCUGUGCAAUUUAUCAGUCAGAUCCAUUCCAAAGAAAUCAAAAUAUAAAGUGUUUUAUU